UGCUCUCUGCAAGUAAACGGUUCCAUGGAUUUAAGAUCGGAGGAUUUGCCGCCAUUUUUUAUUUCUCUAAAAUAUCUCGACCACACCCAAACCAUUUUAUGUUCUGAUUUUUUCCCAAUCAACUCCUACGUAUUUAGACAAUCAAUUUGUGUUAAUUCUUGCCAUAUUCCGUGCCGACAUCACUACUAAGUUUGCCAUUGAGCGAUAAGUUCCAGCGCAGAACAGACAGGCAGACAGGCAACGCUCCUUUUCUUAGUAUUUUGUGUUUGAUUUUGGCGGGAACAUUUUUGGAGAAUCAUGAGUGGACGCGGGAAAGGAGCUAAGGCGAAAUCAACCAAGUCAGUCACCCGCAGCUCCAGGGCUGGUCUGCAGUUCCCCGUCGGUAGAGUUCAUCGGUAUCUCAAAAAAGGCCAGUAUGCUACACGGAUCGGUGGAGGUGCAGCCGUGUACCUCGCUGCAAUCCUGGAGUAUCUCUCAGCUGAAAUCCUGGAGCUUGCCGGGAAUGCAGCCCGGGACAAUAAGAAAUCCCGAAUAAUCCCGAGACAUCUUCAGUUGGCCAUCCGAAAUGACGAAGAACUAAACAAACUCCUGAAUAAUGUCACCAUCGCAUCGGGUGGUGUGAUGCCCAACAUUCAAACGGUCCUCCUUCCAAAGAAGAGUGGUAAGGCAGCAAAGCAGACUGGACAGAGUAUGGAGUACUAGCUGCCUAGAUCGUCACUUUCUGCACCCUCUCGGCACCACAUCGGCACCCGCUCGUCACCUCCACAUGUCCUCGCCACCCCUCGUCACCCCUCGUCACCCCUCGUCACCCCUCGGCAUCCUUUCGCCACUUUCUCAUCACCCUCUCUGCACCCUCUCGGCACCCUUUCGUCACACUUACGUCUUCUGCUCGACACUCACAGGACGCGCUCCUCGAACGCCGUUCAUCUCGUUGUUUCGGUCCGCGGUGCCCCACACCUAUCACUGCGUUGCGUACUACUCCUUUCCCCGUAUUGUGAUUUCCUGAAGAAAGAUGAGCGUACACAUAUGGUGGUGUUUCUCUAAGAUCCUAAGUUGAACUUAUCUAUUAUGGAAAGCCGUUAGCAUCUUUAAAAAUAUUUUGUAAAAGUUAAUUCAAAAGGCAUAAAAUGUUGUUUCAAAUCAUUCAUAUUUUCUAUUAUCAUGGGAGAUGUCAUGUUCUUGAUGUGGAAUUCAUGAAAAGUCUAAAAUACAAUUUUCGCUUUUAAAUAUAUUUAAUUUUAAGGCUCUAAAUGGCUCUCCAUAAUGUUUUAAGUGCAACUUGGAGUUAAGUUCAACUUAGGAUCUUUGUGAAACACCCCCAUGGUUUGUUUGCUGUCGUCACCAAAAGCUCUUUGUGGGAGCGAGUAUUUGACUAUAGGGCUAAAUUAUAUCUCCAAUUUAUUGCGCUUUGUUAACGAAAGCAUGGCUUAGUUAAGAAUAGCCUUAGGCAGUCGGACUGAUGCAAUGGAAGCAAGCAAAUGCAUUCAAAAACAUCAAAAUAACAGGUAUAAAGAUACUCUUGCAGAAAAAUUCACUAAACUUUGUUUUAAAUACAAUUGUAGAAGAAUAAAUGUGGUAUUAUCUGAGAGUCUUUCAUGUCUUAUGCAUUAGUUAGAUUUGUAUUAAACCAUGUAAAAUAUUGUUACUUCCCACUUGAUAUCCAAAUCACAAAAACAAACUUUGGACAAAAUGGCCGACAUCGAGUAAAUAAAUCGUAAAUUAUAGUCGUAUUGCCUUUUAAAUCUUUUUGGUUCACGGGAGAUGACAUUUUAAAACCGUACUUCAGACGCUCAAGUCUAAUUAGAAAUCAGCUUUCUUCCCAUUAUCGCUCCCAUUUUCUUAUUGUAAAUAGCUGUGUGCAUAAUAGUAGUAAUCAUAUGAUGCGUUUUAUGUUUUUUGUGGUAUUUGGGUCUGUUAUGUAUUUUGUUUGACAAUGGUAAAAAAAGUGUUAUAUGGAAUAUCAGUUGAAUAAAGUUUUAUCAAUAAA